AUGGUGGGGGACCUGUCCCUCCUCGCCGUCGCCUCGGCCUCCCCCGUCGUCCUCCCGCCGUCCAAGGAGCUCCAUGGCGUGCUUCCUCUCCAGGGGAAGAGGCCGCAGGACGCCGGUGUGCAGCUCUGCGCGCCGCUGCAGCAGCAUCCGCCCCACCAUCUAGAGGGGAUGCCUUACCACCAGGGCCAGCCAGUGCAGAUGGUCGUGCCCGGCGCCCAUCAGGGACAGGCCCUCCCGGCCGCCUACCAGGCCUUCGUGAUGCCCGACACGGCCACGCUCAUCGACGUGCAAGAUUCUCACCCUGACUCAGUUCAACUUAGCCUUGGGAUCGCUGAGCAAUGUGCAAGGCAAGAGAAACUCCUCAAGUUUCUGAUGUCAGGGUCUGACGUCAAGGAACUUGAUGAAUCCUUGCUAGCUGAAUUCACAGGGCAACAGACCCUAGCAAUAAACAUGGGAACUCAGCCAUAUAUGCCGGAUGAUAAAUUAUCAAUCUCUGAAUUAGUGUUGAAUGAGCCCCAACACUAUCUGCCAGAGAAAGAACUUGUCAUCCCUGAUCCUCUUCUGCACGUCGUUCAGUCUCAUGGCUUUGCUCUUACUAUUGAUCAAAAUGGCCGGGUCUUAUUCGCUGGCAAUGGUGAUGAGAUGAUAGACUUGCUCUCAGUUUUCCUGGAGUUCAACAUGUCUAAACGAGAAACAGGUGGCUGUAAGGCUGCAUUUCUUGUUCCAUACUUUGAGAGGAAAAGGCGUUCUCGGGCUAAUAGCCAAGUAUCCAAUUCAAAAUUAGCAAGCACAGCAGCUGAUGUUUCAAAAAGUACUGACGUGAACUCAAAAUCUUUGUCAAAGAAGAAACGUAAAGUGAAAAACAUCAAAGAACGUGACUUGUAUCAGAGAAACUACACACAUGCUAGCGAAGCUAUUUUAUCCAUCCUACUGGACAAGGACAAAAGCAGCUCGACAAUCCUCUCACUGAAAAAGGCUGGUCCGGAGAUCACUGAACUUUUAACGCAGUGCUCUAUUGGCAUAGCUGGAACUGGAUUGGCUAUUCUUCUGUCAGUUAUGUGCAAGAUGGCUACCGGCAUGAGGACUCCUUUUGCUUCGGCUCGACUGCUUAGCACCAGCGUUGGAUUCGGACUCUUUUGGCUAUCCUGGGCAGUCAAUGGAUUACGUGAUACCAUUGCCAGCAUUUUCAGAAGCCCAAGUAACAUGAAUAUCGAGGAUGAUGAGGUCGCAGUGAGAAUAGAAAAAAGCGUGAAUGAAAUUCUUUUCAGGGCAUUAACUCUCUUGGCAAUCACCGCACUGAAGUUUGCAUGA